AUGGAUGAAAUUAAAAAAGAUAAUCGUUUUGCUCAUAUUACGAAAGAUCCACGUUUUCGACCAGUGUCAAAAAGUGAAAGAAAAUUAAAAAUUGAUCGACGCUUUGCAUCUAUGUUUAAUGAUCCAAAGUUUAAAUUAAAAUAUACAGUUGAUAAACGUGGAAGACCACUUGUUAAAGAACAUACAACACGUGAUGAUAUGAAUAAAUUUUAUCAUCUUGAACAAGAUGAUGAUGAUGAUGAUGAUAGUAGUUCAACAUCAUCGGAAGAAGAAACAACAAAGAAAACAAAAGCAAAUAAAAACUCUGUUGAUGAUGAAGAACUUGAUGAAUUACUUCAAAGUGAUGAAAGUGAUAAUGAAGAAAAAGAAGAUAAUAAUAAUGAAGAUGAAGAUGAAGAAGAGGAAAGAAAGUCAAGUUCAUCUGAAGAAGAUGAAGAAAUACCUGAAGUUAAUGAUGGAAUCGAAUGGAAUGAAUUUGAUGAUAAAUGUGCUCGUUCUGAUGAAGUUAGCCGUCGAUUAGCAGUAUGUAAUAUGGAUUGGGAUCGUGUACGUGCUGUUGAUAUUUUCAUUUUACUAAAUUCAUGGAAAUCACCAGAUGGUGUCAUUAAAUCAGUUACUGUUUAUCCAUCCGAAUAUGGAUUACAGCAAAUGGAAGCAGAAAAAAAAUGUGGUCCAUUACCUGGAAGUACGAAACCUGUCAUUACUACAGAUCAAAAUGGUAUUGAUAGUGGUCAUCAAAGUGAAGCUGAAGAAGAACCCGAAGAACCAGAAAUAAAGUCUGAUGAUGAUGAUGAUGAACCAAAUUUCAAUCAAGAUGAUGAUCAAGAUACAACAGAUCCAAUAAUGCGUGAACGUUUACGAAAAUAUCAAUUAAAUCGUUUAAAAUAUUAUUAUGCUGUUGUUGAAUGUGAUAGUGUAGCAACAGCUGCUCGUAUUUAUGAAGAAUGUGAUGGACUUGAAUAUGAAACAAGUGCUGUUCGUCUUGACUUACGUUUUAUACCUGACUCAAUUACCUUCGAUUCUUCUAUUUUACCACGUGAUCAAUGUACACAAUUACCUGAUAAAACAUUAUAUAAACCAAUAUUAUUUCGUAAUACAGCAUUAACACAAACCAAAGUACGUUGCACAUGGGAUGAAACACCUAUUGAACGACGUCAGUUAACAAAGAAACAAUAUACACUUGAAGAAUUAGAUCAAGUUAAUUUCGAUGCUUAUUUAGCAUCAGAAUCUGAUGAAGAACUACAAGAUGAUGAUAAUAUUAAUGAUGAAAGUGAUGAUGAAAAUAAUAAAGAAUUAGAUAAUGAAAAGAAAAAUGGUGAUAAUAUUUUUAAAGUACCAACUAUAAUUCCAGAAAAUUCAAAUAAAAAAAAACAAAAUCAACCUGUUAUUCGAGCACCUAGUAUACUUAGCAGUCAAGAUGAUAUUGAUCGUUACAGAGCUUUACUUUUAGAUUUCAAUGAUAAUCCUAAAAUGGAUAAAAAACCAAAAAAGAAAUUAACAAAUUUUUUUGAUGAACAAAAUAGUGACAAUGAAGAAUCUAAUCAAUAUAAUGAUGAUGAUAAUGACGAUGAUGCUAGUGAUAUUGAUAUGGAAAUAACAUGGCAACCAGGUUUAAAAAGUAAAGCUGAAGAAAAAUUGAAAAAUUCUAAUAAUCAAAAAGAAAAAAAUAAAAAUAAAAAACAAGAAAAAUCAAAUCUUGUUAAAGAUCAAAUAGAACAAGAGAAAGAUGACUCAAUUGAAAAUGAUCGUGAAACACUUGAAUUACUUACUGUUGAUGAUGAUAUUGAUAAUAAACGUGAUUAUAAUCUUCGUGAUAUGAUUAAAUCACAUAAACAAUCUAUAAAAGCUGCAGCUAAAAAUGCUAAGAAAUUAAAAAAAUUACAAAAAAAUUCAUCCAAUUCAAUCGAAACAAAAACUAAUAAUAAUGAUUUUCAAUUAAAUCUUAAUGAUAAACGUUUUCAAGCUGUUUAUACACAGCCAGCAUUUAAUAUUGAUCAAUCUGAUCCACAUUUCAAAUCAACAGCUGGUACACAACAACUUAUUGAAGAAAAAUUAAAAAAACGAAAAUUCGAUAAUUUAACUUCAUCAUCAAGGACUGAACCUGAUGAAGAUGAUAUUGUUAUUAAAUUAAAAAGAAAAUCAGCAAAAAAAGAUUAA